AACCAAAAAAAAAAAAAAAAGAAGAUCCAUCGUGCAAUUCAUCAAGCACCUAGAGUGCGAAGUACAUUUAACCGCGCCUUUUGAUUUUCAGAACUUUCAAUCACACAAUUUUCAACUUCUCAUCUCAUCUUCCACACACCGCACAUCACCCACCAUGUUUGGAGCUCAAUCUUCUUCUUCUCUCUUCGGAACCCCUUCUUCAACCCCAGCAUUCGGAACUCCAUCUUCUACUCCCGCAUUCGGUACCCCAGGGUUCGGAACUCCAUCUUCAUUCGGUACCCCAGGGUUCGGAACCCCAUCUUCAACCCCUGCUUUUGGAGCUUCUUCUACUCCCGCUUUCGGCAGUUCUUCCCUCUUCUCCUCACCGUUCCCUUCUCAGCAACAGCAGCAGCAACAGCAACAGCAGACUUCACUUUUUCAACAAUCGCCUUCUACUGGUUUCGGAUUUCAGAAUUCUCUUGCAACGCCGCAAACUGCUUCGUUCCCAAAUUCUCAAUUGACUACUCAAAUGGCUAAUGUAGCUCCAGUUCCAUUCUCUCUAGCCGAUCGCGAUAUUCAAGCAAUCCUUGAUUCUUAUAAGGAAGAUGCUGGAAACCCCAAGUAUGCUUUUAAGCAUUUGUUAUUCAGUGUAACAGAUCCACAAUUUAGGGUGAAACCUGCCGGUGUUUCAGAUAUCAUGUGGGCGGAAGCAAUGGGAAAGCUUGAGGGUAUGGAAAGUGCUGAUAGAGAGCGUCUGUGGCCACAACAUGUUCAGGGUUUUAAGGAUCUUUCCCAGCGCCUUAAGCUCCAAGACGAAGUCAUUGUCUCUGAUGCAGAGAGAUUAAGUGUAACCCAAAGCAAUGUUAAAAUGCUCCAAAGACAUUUUCAAGCUGAUACUCUUCCUUGGAUUCAAAGACUAAAACAGAAAGAACAGAUUCUUCAGCAACGUAUUUUAAGAGUGAUGAGAAUAGUCGAGGCGUUGGAGGGAAAAGGCUGCCGUAUCCCCUUAACAAAAGGGGAAGCUGAACUUGCUGAGAAAUUAGCCACAAUAACUAGACAGCUUAAAGGAUCUGGAGCGGAAUUAUCUAGAAGGGUACAAAAUCUACUCGGUGUAUCUCGUGUCAAGGCUAAUAGCAAUGGAUUUGGCAACUCCGUUCAUCUUCCGGGCUCAACCAAAAUUCAUGAUCAGAGUCUGGCUAACCUGCAGGAGGUUUUGCAACAGCAGAUGGAUGCCAUAGCAAGACUUGGCAGUGUUAUGAAGCGAGAUGCACGGGAUUUGGAGAUUAUGAUGGCUGAGGACACAGGAACGCCAGAAAAUGGACAUUUAAUGUAAACUUGUUUAAGAAAUUCUGUAAUAUUCUUACUUCAUAUUUGCCUUUGUAUCAUGAUUUGGUAAUAUAGUGAGCACAAUAGUUUUUAGGGAUACUUUUUGCCUAAUUGGCGGAGUAGUUUAACUUCAUAUUGUGAUGAAAUAUUUUGGCUAUUUGAAACUUCGUCGACAUUGUUGAAGGUUCGACUUGGUUA